AUCAUUCUUGUUUAGCUGCAUAAUGGAGCCUAACUUUAAUGUUUCGCUUCCAUUAGUGUUCCUAAUUAUCACUCCUUUUCUUUUACUCCCUCUCCAUGCCAAAGAUGAAACUUCCUCCACCUACAUAGUCCACAUGGACAAAUCUCUCAUGCCUCAAGUUUUCACAAGCCAUCAUAAUUGGUAUGAAUCCACCCUUCAUUCCACAACAACACAAAGUGAUGAUCAUGUUCAUCCAUCAAAGAAAUUGGUGUACACCUACAAUCAUGCCAUGCAUGGAUUCAGUGCAGUCUUAUCACCAAAAGAGUUAGACAACCUCAAAAAAUCUCAUGGUUUUGUCACAGCUUACCCUGACAGAACAGCAACAAUAGACACAACACACACCUUUGAGUUUCUUUCAUUAGACCCUUCCAAAGGACUAUGGAAUGCAUCAAAUUUAGGAGAAAAUGUUAUUGUUGGUGUUAUUGACAGUGGUGUUUGGCCUGAAAGUGAAAGCUUUAAAGACGAUGGCAUGUCGAAAAACAUCCCAACAAAAUGGAAAGGAAAAUGUCAAGCAGGACAAGAUUUCAACACUUCUAUGUGUAACUUGAAAUUAAUUGGAGCUAGAUAUUUCAACAAAGGUGUGAUUGCAUCAAAACCAAAUGUCAAAAUCAGUAUGAACUCAGCUAGAGACACACAAGGACAUGGUAGUCACACAUCAUCAACGGCAGCCGGAAACUAUGUCAAAGAUGCAUCUUUCUUUGGUUAUGCAAAAGGUGUAGCUAGAGGUAUUGCACCAAAAGCUAGAAUUGCAAUGUAUAAAGUACUUUGGGACGAAGGUCGUCUAGCUUCUGAUGUUCUUGCAGGAAUGGAUCAAGCUAUUGAUGAUAAUGUUGAUGUUAUCUCAAUCUCAUUAGGUUUUAAUAGUGUUCCACUUUAUGAAGAUCCAGUUGCAAUAGCUUCAUUUGCAGCAAUGGAAAAAAAUGUGGUUGUUUCAUCUUCUGCUGGAAAUGAAGGUCCACAUCUUAGUACUUUACACAAUGGAAUCCCUUGGGUUAUAACCGUUGCGGCUGGUACAAUCGAUCGCACGUUUGGUAGUUUGAAACUGGGAAGUGGUGAAACUAUUGUUGGUUGGACUUUGUUUCCUGCUACUAAUGCUAUAGUUGAAAAUCUUCAACUUGUUUACAACAAAACUUUAUCAUCGUGCGAUUCAUAUAGUCUUUUAAGUGGAGCUGCAACAAGAGGGAUUAUUGUUUGUGAUGAAUUGGAAUCAGUUUCAGUUCUUAGCCAAAUCAAUUAUGUUAAUUGGGCAGGUGUAGUUGGUGCUGUUUUUAUCUCAGAAGAUCCAAAACUGCUUGAAACAGGAACAGUUUUUUCUCCAAGUAUUGUUAUUAGUCCAAAAGAUAAAAAAGCACUUAUCAAGUACAUAAAAAGUGUUAAAUUUCCAACUGCUAGCAUCAAUUUUCGACAAACAUUCGUUGGAACAAAGCCAGCACCAGCUGCUGCUUAUUACAGUUCAAGAGGUCCUUCAAAAAGCUAUCCAAGAAUCUUAAAGCCUGACAUUAUGGCACCUGGUUCUUAUGUUCUAGCUGCUUUUGCUCCGACUAUAUCAUCAGCUAGAAUCGGAACAAACAUUUUUUUAUCGAAUAAUUACAAUUUACUUUCAGGUACAUCAAUGUCAUGUCCUCAUGUAUCAGGCGUUGCGGCUUUGUUAAAGGCCGCAAAGCCUGAUUGGAGUUCGGCUGCUAUAAGAUCAGCAAUAGUUACAACAGCUAAUCCAUUUGAUAACAUGCAAAAUCCGAUUAUGGACAAUGGUAAUCCAUCUCAAUUCGCUUCGCCUCUUGCUAUGGGAGCUGGUCAGAUUGAUCCUAACAAAGCAUUGGAUCCUGGUUUAAUAUAUGAUGCUACACCACAAGACUAUGUUAAUCUCCUUUGUGAUUUUGGUUAUACGCAUAGUCAAACCUUGACUAUUACAAGAUCGAAAAAAUAUAAUUGCGAUAACCCUUCGUCCGAUCUUAAUUAUCCUUCUUUUAUUGCUUUAUAUGCUAACAAAACAAGGUCAAUUGAGCAGAAGUUUGUGAGGACUGUGACAAAUGUUGGAGAUGGUGCUGCUAGUUACAAUGUGAAGGUGACAAAACCAAAGGGUUGUGUUGUUACUGUGGUUCCUGAGAAGCUAGAAUUUAGUGUUAAGAAUGAGAAACAAAGUUACUCUCUUGUUGUAAAGUAUAAGAGGAAGAAUAAGAAGGAAUUAAAUGUGUUAUUUGGUGACAUUGUUUGGGUUGAACAAGGUGGUGGUGCACAUAAUGUUAGGAGUCCUAUUGUAGUGGCACCAAGUGCUUUUGUAUGAGUGUUGUUCAAGUUUUUGGUUUUUUCUUCUAGCCAUCAUUUUGUAGUGUACCCCUUUUUGGGACUACAAAAAAAUAACUAAUAAAAUUUGAUGGUUGUCUCAUUCACAAA